AUGGUGGGUACACGGAGUCCCUUGACUUGGUUGAUGCUGCUGGUGUUGAUGUCAGCUCUAACCAGCUUAUCAGCUAGGCCUUUGGUUGAUGAGAAACGUAGUGACUUGGGGCUUACCCUGCGUGAGCAUGAAUCAGCGAUUGAGAAGAAGAAUGAACUGAGCGAAAAGGAGCGGUGCUUGGACACAGGUGCUGGAGGAGGUGGUGGAGGGGGAGGCGGUGGUGGAGGCGGAGGUGGUGGUGGAGGAGGCGGUGGUGGAGGCGGAGGUGGUGGUGGAGGCGAACACAACAGCGGUGGAGGCGGAGGAGGGGGAGGCGGUGGAGGAGGAGGCGGUGGUGGAGGAGGCGGCGGUGGUGGAGGAGGCGGACAUAACAGCGGUGGAGGUGGAGGAGGGGGCGGAGGAGGGGGAGGUGGAGGAGGUGGGGGUGGGGGUGGAGGGGGACAUGGAAAUGGAUGGGGUAGUGGUGGAGGAGGAGGGGGAGGGGGAGGUGGAGGUGGAGGUGGAGGUGGAGGGGGAGGCGGCGGCGGCGGCGGUGGAGGUGGGGGAGGCGGACAUGACAGCGGUGGAGGUGGAGGAGGGGGCGGAGGAGGGGGAGGUGGAGGAGGAGGCGGCGGAGGAGGAGGCGGGGGAGGAGGUGGUGGUGGGGGUGGAGGAGGACACGGGAAUGGAUGGGGAGGUGGGAGGUGGGGACCUAGAUGGUGGAAAAGGGGUUCGAAAGCUAUACAAUCCUAA